UUCAAAUAUUUCUGCCACAAUAGUCAAAAAAAUGCACCUGAAGUUUCUAGCACACCUAUGACCAUGCGAUUUGUAUAUAUUCUAGCUACGUACUCUGCUUGGUAACGUCCCAUAUAAGAGUAGGAGUGGCCAAACAAGACCUUAUUAGCCGUUCCAAGUUGAAGCCAUGGAGUCCCAAUCUAAUCCACCCAUGACCAGAGAUGAUCACGAGCUACACAUAGUUAUGUUCCCAUGGCUAGCCUUUGGUCACAUGAUUCCAUUCCUAGAGCUCUCCAAACUCAUUGCCCAAAAGGGUCACAGAGUCACCUUCGUUUCGACUCCUAAGAACAUCGAUCGUCUCCCAAAACUGCCACCAAAUUUAUCCCCUCUCAUCACUCUAGUGAAGAUUCCUUUACCCCGAGCCGAAAAACUCCCGGAAGAUGCUGAGGCCACGGUCGACUUACCUUACGAUAAGGUCAAGUAUCUGAAAAAGGCCUACGACGAACUCCAACAACCCAUCACUCAACUUAUACAAGACACUUGUCCCGAUUGGGUGGUUUACGAUUUCGCUCCUUGCUGGUUAGGCCCUAUCGCAGCGAAACUCGGCGUUUCAUGCGCCUUUUUCAGUAUUUUCAUCGCUGCUUCAUUGUGCUUUUGUGGUCCUCCUUCAGUUUUGUUGGGGUCAGGUGGGCAUAAUCGUACCAAACCGGAGGACUUCACUGUCCCGCCCAAGUGGGUCCCCUUCGAAUCGACUGUCGCUUUUCGCUUAUUCGAGAUUAAGCGAGUCUUCGAUGACGUGAUCGGGGAUGAUGAUGAGAAUCUUUCGGCAAUGUACCGUCUGGGAGGGGCCAUUGAUGGAUGUGACGCCGUUUUGGUGAGAAGCUCGUACGAGUUUGAACCCGAAUGGUUACAUCUUCUUGAAGAGAUAUAUCAGAAACCUAUCAUUCCAGUGGGCUAUCUUCCUCCAAUGUCGACGAAUCAUGAUUCGGACGACGACGACGACAAGGAGUGGAAGUCAAUAAAAGAGUGGCUUGACAAGCAGCCUAAGCGCUCGGUGGUAUAUGUUGCGUUUGGGAGUGAGGCUAAACCAAGUCAAGCCGAACUCACCGAGAUAGCUCUCGGGUUAGAACGAUCAGGGUUACCCUUCUUCUGGGCCCUGAGGAAGCAACGUGGUUUGGCUGAUACAGAGAUGGUUGAGCUACCAAAUGGGUUCGAGGAGAGAGUAAAAGGACGCGGGAAGGUGUGGACGAGCUGGGCGCCUCAACUCAAGAUACUGAGUCACGAUUCGGUCGGAGGGUUCUUGACUCACUCGGGGUGGAGCUCGGUAGUCGAGGCGAUUCGGUUCGAGAAGGCUCUCAUUCUGUUGACCUUCUUAGCGGAGCAAGGACUGAAUGCUAGGCUUUUGGAGGAGAAGAAGAUGGCGUAUUCCGUACCGAGAGACGACCGAGACGGGUCGUUCACGAGAGACUCGGUGGCCGAGUCGUUGAGAUUGAUGAUGGUUGGGGAUGAGGGGAAGGUAUACAGGGAGAAUGUAGAAGAAGUGAGAGAUUUGUUUGUCGACAGAGAUACACAAGACAAGUACAUGAAUAACUUGUUGGAUUACUUCAAGACUCAUAAACUUCAAGACUCAUAAACAGAUCCAGACUGUCCUAACACAUUUGGACGGCCAGAAUUAGACGCACAACUAACACAAUCAUUAUGCGAGUAGCAUUUUUGUUAUACAAAUUAAAUAAAUGUGUCUGGUGAUCAGGAAAUCAAUCGAUAUAGACUAUGGUUGUAUUUUGUUCUAUUGCAUUCAAAUUCUGGAUGUGUGCAUGCACUGGCAUUUUGUUACAAGAUCAUGGAAUGUUAGAAUUAAUGUACUCAAUCUUGAAAUAUAUACAGCAUUUCUAGU